UUGCCAUCACUUCCUGGACCUAAGAAGAAACACACUGAAUUAAUUAUAGUUGUAUCAAUUAUAGCGGUUGUUUUCACGUUAAGUGCGAUAUUGGUUGCUAUUUAUUUAAUAUGGAGAUUCAAGAAUGCUGGAUUAGAGCCUUGGGAGCUUGAGAUUGGUCCUCAUAGAUACUCUUAUCAAGAACUCAAGAAAGCUACUAGAGGUUUUAAGGAAAGUGAACUACUCGGGCGUGGUGGCUUUGGCAAAGUCUACAAGGGUAUUUUAGGGAAAUCAAAAACACAAAUCGCUGUAAAACACAUUUCCCAUGAAUCUAAACAAGGGUUGCGAGAAUUUGUGUCUGAAAUUUCUAGCAUUGGAAGACUCCGUCAUAGGAAUUUGGUUCAAUUGUUAGGGUGGUGCAGACGUCGUGGUGAUUUGUUGCUAGUAUAUGAAUUUAUGCCCAACGGAAGCUUGGAUAAAUUUUUGUUUGAUCAACCCAAAAUUGUGUUAACUUGGGAACAAAGGUUCAAUAUCAUCAAAGGGAUUGCUUCGGGUUUAUUGUACUUACAUGAAGGUUAUGAACAAGUCGUGGUACAUCGAGACAUUAAGGCUAGUAAUGUGCUACUAGAUGGUGAAUUGAACGGUAAACUUGGAGAUUUUGGACUAGCAAGAUUAUAUGACCAUGGUUCAAAUCCGUCCACGACUAGGGCGGUAGGUACAUUAGGGUACCUUUCACCGGAAUUAUCAAGAACAGGAUGGGCCACAUCAUCGUCUGAUGUGUUUGCCUUUGGUGCUUUUUUACUCGAGGUUGUCUGUGGACGUAGGCCAAUUGAACAAAAGGCAAGACCUGAGGAGUUCGUUCUAGAGGAUUUGGUGUGGGAUAAAUUGAGAGAAGGGAAAAUUCUUGAUGUUGUGGACUACCGAUUGAAAGGCGAAUUCAAUGAGAGUGAGGUUUUAAUGGUGUUAAAAUUGGGGCUGAUGUGCUCAAAUAACCAGCCACUGGCGCGACCGAGCAUUAGGCAAGUGAUAAGAUACUUGGAAGGUGAAAUUGUGAUGCCUGAGGCUCCAAUGGCCCGAGGUUCGGAUGAUAUUGAAGGAUUAGGAUUCGACGAAAAUGAACUCUGGAAUUCUUUAGGGUCAACUAAUAGUAUAUAGUCAAGUUCAUUUACGUGUUUGUCUAAUGGAGUUAUGGAUGGUAAUUUUGUUUCUUUUUCUAACUUCACCACUUCCACUUCUAUAUAGUGGUGAAGUACCUAGAUACUGAUCUGAACUAGCAUACAAAUGUUCACUUUAUUUUUCCAGGAACAUUACACUACAUUUUUUUCCUUUGCUUUGUCUUUCCUCUAUGUAUCAAUUCUACUCUAUAAAGGCUCAGUUGCAUAAUCUAAAGUCCUCUUCAGUUGAACAAUGGAUAAAGAUUGAUGUAA